CGACAGUUACUGUGGGUGUUUGGCAGUUGGCUAUAUCCCCUCUGACUCUCUGAGCACUCCCUCAAAUUCAUUCAAUGCUGCUUUUUUUCUCAUAAAUUGUAAACAUCGAAGCCGUGAUUCUCAGCAGCCUUUUUUCAUCUUCCACCUUUCCAACUUCACCAAAAUCACACACAAACAAACACAAACACCCACCCACAAACAUUACAAACACCACAAACAGAGACAAAUACAGAGCUCUCAAAUACAAGUAUGAAGGAGGGCAAUGAUGGGUAUGUUAGAGCAGAUCAAAUAGAUCUGAAAAGCUUAGACGAGCAGCUUCAAAGGCACCUUAACAAAGCAUUGACAUUAGAGAAGAAAAGGAAGGAAGAAGAAGAAGAAGAGGAGAGAGAAAGAGGAAGGUGCAGUAAUAAUAGAGCAGAGUGGGAAAUUGACCCUUCUAAACUCCUUGUUAAAUCUGUUAUUGCUCGUGGCACUUUUGGUACUGUUCAUCGUGGUGUUUAUGAUGGUCAAGAUGUUGCAGUUAAACUUCUUGAUUGGGGAGAAGAGGGCCAUCGGUCAGAGGCGGAGCUUACCCAGUUAAGAUCAGCUUUUUCUCAAGAAGUUGCAGUAUGGCACAAACUGGACCACCCAAAUGUGACUAAGUUUAUAGGAGCUACCAUGGGUUCGUCUGACUUGACAAUCCAAACUGAUAAUGGUCAUAUUGGCAUGCCAAGGAAUGUUUGUUGUGUGGUCGUUGAGUAUCUUCCUGGAGGUGCGUUGAAGAAUUUCCUCAUAAAGAACAGGAGAAGGAAGCUGACUUUCAAAGUAGUAAUCCAGUUAUCACUUGAUCUUGCAAGGGGGUUGAGCUAUCUCCAUACCAUGAAAAUAGUUCACAGAGAUGUCAAGACUGAAAACAUGCUUUUAGACAAGCAACGAAAUCUGAAAAUAGCAGACUUUGGUGUAGCUCGGGUUGAAGCUUCAAAUCCUCAUGACAUGACUGGAGAAACAGGAACCCUUGGCUAUAUGGCUCCUGAGGUUCUGAAUGGUCAUGCAUAUAAUAGGAAAUGUGACGUGUACAGCUUUGGCAUUUGCUUAUGGGAAAUUUAUUGCUGUGAGAUGCCAUAUCCUGAUCUGAGUUUCUCAGAGGUGACAUCAGCUGUUGUCCGACAGAAUCUGAGGCCAGAAAUACCGAGAUGCUGCCCCAGCUCUCUGGCACAUGUAAUGAAGCGAUGUUGGGAUGCAAAUCCAGACAAGAGACCAGAGAUGGAUGAGGUGGUGACAAUGAUAGAGGCGAUUGAUACUACAAAAGGCGGUGGUAUGAUUCCUACUGAUCAACAGCAGGGAUGUCUCUGCUUCCGAGGUAACCGAGGACCUUAAAAACAACCAAACACAGACCCCCCCUCUCUUCAGACAUCCCUUCUCUCUUAGAUUAGUAGCUCUAAUGUAAAGGCGACUUUUCGUCUAGAUUGCACAACCCUUCUGUUUCUGUAACAUGAAAAGUUGCAUAAUAAAUAAAUGUGGUCUGGUCUUAUUGUGUAGAUAAUAUAAUACAGAUUUAUAUAAAAAGAUUGGGUUUAUUUCUGUUUUAA